AUGGACAAUCGAAGUGUGUUGCUCAGGCUCUCGAUCGCCAUCGUGUUAGUGUUUCUCUUCGUAUGUGUGCAGGAGACAAAUGCCGGUAGUCACCAGAAGAAAAAGAAGAUCGUCAUACACGUGCCUGUACACAAAAAGAUCGAGAAACACAUUCACACUGUGAUCAAGCAUAUACAUCACCACCACAAGCCGAUUGUCCUGAAGGAGGAGAAGAAAAUCAUUCACGAGGAGCAUCGUCCCAUACAAAUUCAGACCACAAAGGAGCACAUACAUCAUCACGACAAGCACGAGCACCACCAUCCCGUACAGGAGAUCGAGCAGGAGGAGGAGCACAUUCAUCACCAUCACAAUUAUGAGCACAAGGAUGACUUCAUCGGCGGCCAUGGCGAUGGGAGUGGCAGCGAGGAGCGCUGA